AUGGGUCUGGACUAUAACAUGCAGCUUCUCAUGUCUGGUGCUCUGAACUGCGUUCAGCUUAUGGGAGUUCUGAGCAGUCUUUGGACACUGGACCGAUUCGGGAGUAGGAACAUCCUCCUGCUUGUUAGCGUCUGCAUGUGUCUCUCCCAUGUAGUCAUCGCCAUCCUUGUGGGGAAGUUCUCCCACGAUUGGCCGAGCUAUCUUACAGAGGGUUGGGUCAGGGUGGCGUUCUUGUUUGCGUUCAUGCUGAGCUUCGGCUUCUCAUGGGCACUGCCGUCUGAAGUCUUCCCCUCUUCCCUCCGAGCCAAAGGCGUUGCGAUUUCGACUUGCGGUAGCUGGCUAUGGAAUUUUAUCAUAGGUCUCAUUACGCCUCCCUUGAUUAAGGGAACUGGGUUUUGGACGUAUGUGUUCUUUGCGACAUUCUGCCUUGGCUCUCUGCUUUGGACCUACUUCUGCGUGCCGGAGACAAACGGUAGAACCCUUGAAGAAAUGGAUAAGGUCUUUCAUGAUCGCAUGGGAGCUUCUGAUAUCGAGAGAAAGAACCAAAUUCUUGAAGAGUUUAUGGAAGAGCAGAGGCAAUCUGGCCUGAGACAGAACAUUUGA